AUGGUGGUACCAAACAGCAGAGAGGAUCGAAGCACAACACAGCAGAGAAGAUGGUGGUACCAUACAUCAGAGAGGAUCGAAGCACUGCACAGCAGAAAAGAUGGUGAUACCAUACAGCAGAAAGGAUCGAAGCACAACACAGCAGAGAAGAUGGUGGUACCAUACAGCAGAGUUGAUCAAAGCACCGCACAGCAGAGAAGAUGGUGGUGCUAUACAGCAGAGAGGAUGGAAGCACCGCACAGCAGAGAAGAUGGUGGUACCAAACAGCAGAGAGGAUCGAAGCACAACACAGCAGAGAAGACGGUGGUACCAUACAGCAGAGAGGAUUGA